UUUUGGGGUCUGCAUUAUUUCGCAUCCUUCACGGAACGAUUUUAGUCCUGAAAUCGAAUUUGAAUAAGUUUUUGUUAAAUUUUCGUGUGUGCCGUUCCGUUUUUACUAAAUUUGUGAUUGUUUUUCGGAAGUUGCCAGUGCCAUGUCCAAAAGCAAAGACAAACUAAACAGCUCCAACACGCUGUUCAACUAUUUCGCCAAAUCGCCGGCUACACCGAAGCUUAAACCGGCGUCGGCUUCAAACCCGGGGACACCGAUAAGUAGUAGUGCCGGUGGUACUCCGAAGGGAAUCAAACAGGAGAAGGCUUCGCCAUCUCCGGCUGCCAAAGCGAAGGUUGUUGUUGGAGAUGGUGGUGGGGAUGAGGAGGAUGAGGAUGAGAUCCAGCCGGUGAAGAAGCGAAGACGAAUCGUCAUGAUGGAUGAUGAGGAUGAGUGCGGGGAUUCGGAUAGUGAGAAUCGCGUUAAGAAUGAUAAGACGCCCCCGAAGGUGGAGUUGUCUUCGUUCAAGAGACUGGAGAGAGACGACACGGUGGACUCGCCAGUGCAGAAGAAGAUCAAAGUGGAGACGGAAAGUUCUCACGAAGAAAAGGAGGACUUGGCUGAUCUGGGCGAAAUCGACGAUAAUACUGCAUCCGUUUUGGAUGAGCCGAUGGUUUGGGCCCAUCAGAAAUUGGAUUUCUUGAAACCGGAAAAGAUCAAAGACAUCCAGGGUAACAAACUGGGUAGUGAGAAGUACGAUUCAAGGACACUGUUCGUGCCUGAGUCGUUUCUGAAUACGUUGACUCCUGCCAUGCGUCAGUGGUGGGAGCUGAAAUGCCGUCACAUGGAUUGUGUCCUGUUCUUCAAGGUGGGCAAAUUCUACGAACUGUAUCACAUGGAUGCCACUGUCGGAGUGGAAGAACUUCAAUUUUCCUACAUGAAGGGAGAGUUCGCACAUUCUGGUUUUCCUGAGCAAGCAUACGAGCGAAUGUCGACAUUUUUGAUAGAUAAAGGCUACAAGGUCGCUAGAGUUGAGCAGACGGAAACGCCGGAAAUGAUGCAGGAGAGGUGCAAGAAGAACAAAACCAAUACCAAAUACGACAAAGUGGUGAAGCGGGAGAUUUGUCAACUUUCACUCAAGGGGGCGGAGGUUAACAGUCAGCAAGUUCAGAGGACGUUCAAUCACCAGCCGAAAUACAUGUUGGCCAUAACGGAACGGGUCAAGGGAGAAAUCGGUAGUCGGUAUGGCAUUUGUUUCAUUGAUACUUCCUUGGGAACAUUUCACAUUGGAGAGUUUGAAGAUGAUAACCAAACUUCUCGACUUCUGACACUUCUGUCCCACUAUCCACCGGCGUUAGUCCUACACGAGCGAAACGUAGCUUCAACUGGAACCCAGCAGAUUUUCAAAACAGUUCUGGCUGGAAUUCGGAAGGAAGCACUGACCAACGAAUCGCAAUUCUGGUCCGCUGAGAAAACGUUGAAAUAUCUGGCGGAAAACUUCUACGGCGGUUCUACGGAUGAACAGACGUCCAAAUGGCCCCAAGUAAUCCGUUCCCUAUUGGAUAAGAACGAUCAUUUGGGAUUGACUCCGGAUGAAAGCUUCAAACUAGCUCUCAAAGCGCUGGGAGGCUGUAUUUGGUAUCUGAAGCGGUGUCUACUCGAUCAGCAGAUCAUAUCUCUGGCCAGUUUCGACCUUUACGUUCCACUGGACGACGAAAUGUCCCGCAAGGAUCUAAAGAUCGUCAAUCACAUUCGAUUCAUGAUGCUGGAUUCGGUCACUUUGAACAAUCUCCGGAUAACGGAUGGGGAACAAUCGCUUUUGAGCCGGAUGGACCACUGCUGUACAAAGUUUGGAAAGCGUCUGUUCCACCAUUGGGUUUGUUCGCCAAGUUGCGAACGAGAUGUGAUCGUCGAACGACAGGAAGCCAUUACUGAACUGAUGGAAGAUGUCUCCCUCCUGCAGGAUGUACGGCAAAUUCUCGGCGAACUUCCAGAUCUCGAGCGAAUGUUGGCUCAAAUUCACACGUUUGGAAAUGCAGAACGCAGCAAAAACCAUCCGGACGGAAGGGCAAUCCUAUAUGAAGAGCGAACGUACGGGAAGAAGAAGAUUCAGGACUUUAUCAACACGUUAAGAGGUUUCAAGGCUCUAACUAAGCUGCCGGAACUGUUUGCAGGUACUUCUUCCAAACUAUUGGUGCAUUUGACCCAGACUUCCGACCGAGAUGGAUCAUUCCCGGACAUGGGCGAUAAGAUUCAAUUCUUCGAGGAAACUUUUGAUCACGAACAAGCUCUGAAGGAUGGAGUAAUUGCCCCUGGGGAAGGUCUAGAUGCAGAAUACGAUGCCGUCGAUAAGGAGAUAAAGGGAAUCCUAAAGGAGUUGGAGGAUUACAAAUGCCAGCAGGAGAAGUACUUUGGUUGUAAGAUCAGUUACUUUGGGACGGACAAGAAGCGCUUCCAGCUGGAAAUCCCGGAAGGGGCGGCCAAGAAGGCCAACAGCGGUUACACGAUGGAAGGGCAGAAGAAGGGCAAGAAUGGUGUCAAGCGGUACCACACGGAUGAAACGCGAGAAUUCCUAAAGCGGAUGAUGGAUACCGAAGCUCAGCGAAAAAUAGUCCUGAAAGAUUUGUCGAGGAGGAUUUUCGAAAAGUUUUCCAGCAGCUACGACAUGUGGAAGACUUGUACCAAUCUAACAGGAACGUUGGAUGUUCUCACUUCGCUGGCAGAGUACGCUCGGAGCGAGGGCAACAUGUGCGUUCCGGAAAUCCUGGAUGACGAUCAGGGUCAAAUCUUCGAGUUGGAAGAAGGAAUCCAUCCUUGUAUCAGCGAUUCAGAGAACUACAUUCCGAAUGGCGUAAAUAUUGGAGGGGAUGAUGCUCCGCUGAUUCUUCUGACCGGUCCCAACAUGGGCGGCAAGAGUACGCUGAUGCGUCAGGUGGGCAUCUUGGCGAUUAUGGCACAAAUAGGUUCCCGCAUCCCAGCCCAAAGCUGCCGAAUGACGCUGAUCGAUCGAAUUUUCACCCGCUUGGGGGCCAAUGACGAUAUUAUGGCCGGGCAUAGCACUUUCUUCGUGGAGCUAAACGAGACGUCUACGAUCUUGAAGCAUGCCACCCGGAAGAGCUUGGUCCUAUUGGACGAACUGGGCCGCGGGACUGCUACCUACGAUGGGACGUCGAUCGCUGGGGCAGUUGUUCACUUUCUUGCCGAGCUCAAAUGCCGCUCCAUGUUCUCCACGCACUACCACAAUCUGGUGGAUAGUUUCACCGAUGACAGUCGAGUUCGCUUGGGUCAUAUGGCUUGUAUGGUGGAAAACGAAGACGACGAGGAUCCCACCCAGGAAACGGUUACAUUCCUCUACAAAUACGCCGACGGAGCCUGUCCCAAGUCGUACGGGUUCAACGCGGCCAAACUGGCCGGUAUGCCGACAUGCAUCAUCAAGCGGGCCCAUGAGCUGUCGAAAACCGUCGAAGCAGAUGCACUUCAGCGUAGAAUAUUUACUAAAUCGCUACAGCAAGCCGAUCAUCAGGAGCUGAAGGAACUGCUACACAAGUUAAAGGCGUGCCGAUUCUGAAUCCGGUUCGGUUUCGGUAAGUAGCGAGCAUUAUUCUCCUCGUGCCACAUAAUUGAAAUCCUGAAUGUACAACACACCUACGAGCCUGAGAGCUGCGGUUUGGAGUUAAUCCCAUAAGUAUUACCUUCCUCUCUAAUUCCCAUGUACCGACUCGCCUAUGUUGAUAUUGAUUCUGUAUAAGAUGUUAAGUUGUAUGGUGCUUUCUUUAAGUUUCAAUAAAUCCCA